UUGGAUGAAAAUGGAUUGUUUAAUGUGAUUGAGGUGAAAAAAAAAAAUGAAGUAAAUCAAGGAAAUGGAGACGAGAGCACGAAAAAGAAAAGAAAAGAAAAAAACGCAAAGAACGUGGGUUCCCGUUUUAGAAUCAAGAGCCAUGUGGUGUUAUGUAUGAAGAAGACAGGGGAAAGGUUCUUUCAAGUUAAUCGCUGUCAUUUUUCUCUUCCUUAAGUAAACGAUCGUGUCAUUAUAUCGGUGAUAUUUAUAGCCUCAGUAUCUGCAUAUUUUAUAGACGACAUCGAUAAGUUUCCUAUUCAGAAAUGACAGUUGACUGUGAAGUGACUCGUAAUCAUUUGUCAAAAAAUGUGAAUUGCAACAGAAAACGGGAUUUGCUACCUGGGAUCGUGCUAAAACAUACCGGUAGUGAAAAGGUCGAACAAGGCAAAUGUGUAAAGUUCUUACAAGAGUGAACUGACAUAGAAAAAUAAAAACAGGUUAUAUGAUGAAGCAUCAUUCAAACUCCUUUUUAUUUUGGGAAGUGAACAGACGGGUUUUCUCUACGGCACUGCUGUUGGCACGUGUCGAGGACAUCAAGAAGAAGAGUAAACUCAUACUGUGGUAUUUAUCUUGAACUCAUUUCAACAUGUGCUAAAACGGUGCUACUUUCCUGUUUGUGAAUGAUAAUUCUUUAGGUGCUUUGAUUUUCUGUUUAGAGGCACCUUCAGAUCUUAGUCAUUUGGAAAUAUUUUUAAAGGAGAAUAAGUUUUUUUUUCUGCAUUGUUAUGCACUGAUCAAACAUGCUGACUCAGCUUGAACUUCUAAAUGCCUCUGGUGCGUCUAGCAACGAUGACGACAGCGGCAUGUCCUUGUCGCCCCUGGACGGCCUGUCCGAAUACUCCAUCGUGAAAACAGAGGAGUUCGAGUACUUCGAGUCGAAUCUGGGGUCGGACUCCUACUACGACAUCUCUCCGACACAGGAACUUCAAGACAGCCUGCCACCUCCGCCAUGCCUGACGCCCACUGCAGGAACGGCGCCCUCUGCCUUUGGCUCGGCGACGCUCUACGACACGAGCAUCUCGUCCAGAGGCGACGGCUUUCGGGGGCACGACGACGAUGUGAAAGUUUUCGAUGAGGACCUCAAACCUCUCAACGAAGCUCUUGAAUCUUCUAGCGACUUCAGCAGCGGCCUCUACGACGGGAACGUAGAGCUGACGGACGUCAAGAUCAAAAUCGAAGAAGAGACCUCGACUUACGACGCCUUCUCCACCGACGUCUACGACAACAGUAUCGCUACGGAAGGUUUCAACUUGGGAAGUUGGUACGACACGUUCGAUGCCAGCCUCCAUGCCAGUGAAACGACGGAGACCAAGGCAACAUGGGAUGAAGCUGCUAGCAAGGGCAAGAUAGGACCACUGCAGAGAAGGGCCCUGGACUCCAUCUUCAACGUAACCGAGAAGCCCUCCAGAGGCCUGGUACUCCACAUCGCAUCCGAACUGGGUCUGCAUCACAUAACCGUCAAAAACUUCUUCUCAAAUGGCCGGAGACGGUUGCGGAGGGCAGCAGCAAGGCUCAACGACCCGGAAAGGACGAGGCGGGAAAACGAGCGUCGCAAGGAGAAGAGGCGGCUGGCUGCCAGAGCUUCUGCAGCAGCGCUGUCAAACGGAGACACCAACAAGAGCUGCAGUGGCAGCGGCAGCAGCAGCAGCAGCAGCAGCAGUAGUAGUGCAGGCUCACUCGCUGCUACGAAGUCGUCAAUGCCAACAACCGUCGAGUCUCCGCCCCCGAAGGAGACGACGUUCGUGUCCUUAGAGCGUCGAGCUCUGAUGGAAAAGCUGGCAGACAAGGUGCAGCGGAGUAAGGCGCAGAGGUCUUUGACCAGCGACCCGGGAGUGAUGCAGAGCACCACCUCGAGUACCUCUACUACCUCGCAGGACUUCCUCUCUCAGUCCACUCAGGACCUGCUCAUUCACCCCAUCAGUGACAUUCUGUCACAAGCAUCUCAGGACAUUCUGUCACACUCCUCCCAAGGGCUGUUGGCCGAGCUACCGCACGACUUCCUGGCUGAACCUACUCACGACCUCAGUCAGACUUCUUCCCUUUUAAAUCCAAACACGGACCCUUGGAACUUUUUCUAACUUUUUUCUACGUUACAGAAACAUGCACCGACAUUAACCAUGCAACACAAGAAUACUUGAAAACUGUUCAACAUUCCCAACUUUCGCAUACCGACGUUCACUUAGGGAAGAUCGAAUUGUAAUCUUGAUCCAUCGUCAACUGUUGCAUAACAUCACAACUGGUGAUGUGCUUAAACUAGUCAUUUGGGAACCGCGGACGACAAUGUCUCUUCCUUGUAGGCGAGAGAAGUAUUGACUCAGAUUCCACUGUUCUAAGCUAACUUAAUAUUGUGUGAGAAAUAAACUUUGGAAUGAUUGUUA